AUGAUUGUACAAAAUCUUCCAGUUAUAACCGAAGCCAUAGAGCACGUUUCUCACGAGCGCAGUGUACCCGAUCUCCAGUCUCAGUUCCUACGGAUUUUGCUUAGAGUUGUCUAUGUCUCAGCGGAGGAGAACGAGUUUGAAUCAUUCACUGGUGCAUCGGAAGAGCAGUCUCGCGUAACAGCCGGCGCAUUGGGAUCCAUGGUCUUUUACUUAGUAGCCGCAUGCGCAAUCGCAAAGCUGGGAUGGUACGCACGAUCGAGUAUGUAA